UUAAUGUGACAGAAUGAAUGUGGUUUUCCUUAGUCAGGAUAUGUAUAUAAUAUACGGAUAUUCCAUUUAUAUACCCGGAUGUUGUUGACUAAAAACUGCGCGUUAAUUCCCGACUAAAAUGUUGGAGAACUCACCCAUUAACAUUUUAUUGGGUGAAAUUGAUUAUUUAUGUCAGUUCAAACACAUGAUUAUCAUUAAGAUAAUAAACUCGUGUUGGGCUGAAGUCCAGUAAAAUGUGAAUUUUAAGCUUAUCAAACAUUCAGUAAGUACAAGUGACCAUUGAUAAAACAGAACCGAUAGUUUGUUAGAUGUUGAUAUGGUUAAGAUGGGUAUCAUCUUAAAAUUAUUAUGUGUUUUGGUAUUGGUGUCGGGAAUUCUGCCUACACCCUUAGACGACUAUGUGAAUAAACCCGAUGCUACUUAUAAAUAUUUCGAAAUCACUCAUUAUGUGCAUGAAGAUCAUACCUUGUAUAUUCUUAACAUGACGUCACAGACAUGGUUAACAGAGGAUAUUGUAGAAAAACCAAUAUGGUGGCACUAUCUAACAGUUACUAUACCACACGUUAUCAGAUAUCCUGAUGCAGCGUUUAUGUUUAUUGAAGGUGGAUCUAAUACUAAUGGGCCCCCGACGGGAACUGACAAUUUUGUUGCCCUGACAACAGCCAUGGCUGUGAGCACCGGUGCUAUUGGUGCAGACUUGAAGAUGAUACCAAAUCAACCAGUAGUUUUUAAGGCUGAUCCGACACACCAACGUAGAUCUGAGGAUGCCAUCAUUGCAUGGACUUGGAAGACAUUUGUUGAAUCCAAUGGUUCAAAUCCAGAAAUUCUUCUCAGAAUGCCAAUGACAAAGGCUUCUGUUAGAGCGCUUGAUACUAUCGCUGAUUUCGUCAAAAAGAAGGUUAACAACACCGUGGACAAAUUCUUUAUAGCUGGCGCAUCUAAGCGUGGUUGGACAACAUGGACUACAGCUGCUGUGGAUAAAAGAGUUAUCGCAAUGGCGCCUAUUGUCAUGGAUUUAUUACACAUGGUUCAAAAUCUACAUCAUCAUUUCCGAGCUUAUGGUGGUUGGACGUUCGCUUUUAAAGAUUAUUAUGUACUCAAUUUUACUGACCAUUUAGAUAACCCAUAUACCCAGGCCAUGGCUGAUAUAAUAGAUCCUAUUGCGUAUAAUGACCGUUAUGCUACUAUACCUAAGAUUAUUGUAUCAACUGGUGGAGAUGAAUUUUUUUUACCUGACGAUUCACAUUAUUACUUUAAUGAAUUACAAGGACCAAAAUAUCUCAGAAUUUUACCAAAUGCAGAACAUUCCUGUGCUGGUCAUGAAAUUAGUUUGUUAUUUACAAUGCGGGCUUUCUUUUUAUCAGUUAUUACGAAAACGACCCUUCCCAAGUUUACAUGGGUUCGAGAAGAGACCCCAACAGGUGGACGCAUCACAAUAAUGUCUGACCAAAAACCUAAAACUGUUAACAUGUAUUAUGCCACGACCCUUGAUGGAGAAAGGCGAGAUUUCAGACUAUUAGUUGGUACACCAGGAGACCCAUCAAAACCAUUGCCCCAUCCAGUAAUUUGGUUGCGCGAUGAUGUCAAAGAUAUGGGAAAUAACACAUACGUGGCCGAGAUUGAUAAACCUUUUGUUGGAUGGACAGCCUUCUUCGUGCAGGUAACAUUCCCAGGUGUGGCCGACUCAGUCUUAGAAUUUACAACAGAAACUCAGAUCGUUCCAGAUAUAUUUCCUUUCCCUGAUUGUCAGGGAGCUAGCUGUUUGGGUGUCCUAGUCUAAUUCACCAUUUUUCAAUCGUAAAUAAUCGUAAAUAAAAUAUUUAUAUUUAUUUUUAGAAAU